AUGGGUAAUGCAGUCAAUGGUAAGAAAUUAUUUAUGAAGAUGUGUAUUUCAUGUCAUACCACGGAAAAGGGUGAAAAACAUAAAAUAGGUCCUAACCUAUAUGGCAUCAUGGGCAAGACUUGUGGAACUAUUUCGGGAUUUAAAUCCACGGAAGCUAUGAAGGAGAAAGCUAUUGUGUGGAAUGAGAAGACCUUAAACGACUAUCUUGAAGUUCCCAAGAAAUUUGUCCCAGGAACAAGUAUGGCAUUCUCUGGUGUCAAGAAGACCGAAGAUCGAAAUGAUUUAAUAGCUUUUUUAGCUACUUUGAAGUAAUUGUGUUUUAAUAAAACAGUGUACAACAAUUUUUCAGCACAAAUGUAACAUGCA